CAUAUGAUCAAAAUCACAUGACUCGUUACAAAAUGGCGUCGCUCGCAAACUACUUGUUUAUUAUAUUCUAAAAUUUUUAUUGAUGACAUUUUACACGUUUAGUUUAGGUGGAUGAUUAAAAAUUAGAGUUACGAAAAAUAGAUCUAUCUCUUCAUCCAAGUUCGUCGUUAUUCAGUCAAUUUUAAUUUUUAUUAAUGUUAUAAUGAUCAUUGAUCAUUUUAAAAUUAAAAUUAUGUGAAUUCUAAGAAGAACAAUCAUGAAUAUUUUGAGGUGGCAGUUCAACUACCGUUAUUCAGCAAUUCCAUUUGGAUUUUGUAGUUGGAUAUCAUUUAUAGCCAUUUUCACUGUGACUGUAGCCAAUACAAGCUGGAACAACAGCACAACUUCCCCAUGGAUUCCAGUCCUCAACUGCAGUGGAACUUAUUUUAAUUCUUGUCAUGUCUGUGGUCCAGGCUCAUUUGCAAACAUAAGUACACCACAAUGUGGGUGCUGCAUAAAUAAUACAAAUAAAACUGAUUAUUCUGCCUCUUGCUUAAAUACAACAUUUUGCACUAACUGUGAUGCUGGGAAAUAUCAGCCUUACUCUGGCAAAAAUCACUGUGAUUUUUGUCCUGCUGGAACCUCAACAAAUAAUGUGAUUGGAUCUCAAAACUGUACAGAGUGUGAACCAGGAUAUUUUUCUAGCCAGAAUGGUUCAGCUAAUUGCACUGAAUGUGGUCUAGGCCAGCAUCAGCCACAAGAAGGCAAAUCAGAGUGUCUACCAUGUGGACAAGGUUUCUAUAGUAAUCUAACAGCACAAGUCAACUGCUCUCAAUGUACAGCUGGAUUUUUUUGCAACCAAAGCAUGUGUACAGAUUGCUCUCCCUGCCCAGUAGGACAGUAUACCAACACAAAUCAAACAGUCAACUGUACCUUUUGUUGGGAAGGCUCCCAUCAACCAAUACCUGGCCAAACAAGCUGUGAGCCUUGUCCUGCUGGUCAAGAGGCCAGGUUUAAGGGAGCUGAGAACUGUACUGCGUGUCAAGCUGGAACAUUCAAGAAUGAGAGCAGCUUUAGUGAGUGUCAGCAGUGUGCUAAAGGUUCACACCAAGCUGAGACUGGUCAAGAAACUUGUGACCCAUGUCCAGCAGGCUUUGAGGCAAGGCUAGAGGGUGCCAUGAACUGCACACCCUGUUUUCCUGGUACAUUUAAAAAUGAGAGCAGCUUUGAUCUUUGUUUUGAAUGUCCAGCUGGCACUAACACAAGCUAUACAAACAGUACGGAGUGUUCUCCCUGUGUAGAAGGUUAUUUCCAGAAUCUGAGUGGCCAGGUGUAUUGUUCACCCUGUUUUAAAGGGACAUAUUGUAGCACUCAAGGCUGCACAAGAUGUGAGGCUUGUGGCAAGGGGAGAGAAGCCAGAACUCAAGCGGCUAAAAACUGCACCCUGUGUAGACCAGGAUACUUUAAAGCAGCAGAUGAUGCAACACUGUGUAGAAAAUGUGAGUCUGGAUGGUUCACAACAACUGAAGGAUCUCCAGCAUGUACAGAGUGUCCUGAUGGCUAUUACUGUCCUCAAGCAGACCAUGACCCAUACAAAUGCCCUGAAGCCAGCUACUGCCCCAAAGGGUCAGUGUCCCCUAGGUGGUGCUCAACUCCGUUCUUCAGGAAAAACUCUCAGUCAACUGGAUGUGAAAUUACAGAUGCCUUUAUUGGAGUUGUCAGUGGCGCUAGUAUAGUGUUUUGCCUGCUGUUGGCUUUUGGAAUUUACAAGAGCAGGAGGUGCUACAGGAAGAGAAGUGUAACCAUUAGACUGGAGAACAAUGAGCAUCAGCCUCUGGCAGCCAGUGAUGAGAGUUCCCCACCUGUUUACACUGGCUUAUGAGAAGUGACAUGAACUUUCACCUUUACUGGUGAGUGCUGACUCAAGGAAGGUUGACUUUUGUACUGGUAUGUCGUAGUACAAGUAAGGUGUACUUUUGUACUAGAUGUAGUAAGUGGUAAUAUGUGAACUUUAUACUGGUAAGUGUUGAUACAAGGAAGUUUUACCUUUGGCAUUGCUGGAAGAUAUGACCAUUGGUACUAUUGGGAUACUCAUUUUUCUAAACUUGUGUUUUCACUGUUGCUUUCCUAAUGAAUUUUUGACAAAUAUUUAUAGAAUUAAGAUAAUUUGGAAAUAUGUUCUUUGUCAUCGUCCUCCUAUUAAAAAAUGUUUCUACAAAUUUCAGAUGCCCACGUCUCAUUUCCCACUUGCUCCUUAUAAAAAGCUUUAACUUUCAUCUGUAGUUUCAACCCAUUAAAAGUGCUCUUAGAGAACACAGUUCACUCCCUUGACUGCGUGUGUUUCAUGAGUUGCUGCAUCAUUCCAUUGUUUACAAAAGAUCUGUAGCUUAGGACAUUAUCUUUUCAAAUGUCACAAUUGAUGCUAAUUACAGAGUAAAAUUAGUUGUUGCCAUAUUCACCCUUUUUAUUAUUGACACAUUUUUUGUAAAUAUUUUGAGUUCAAAUUACAAUGCAAUAAGUUUUGAUAUUAAAUUGCCAUUGUGUAACAAUGUUCUCCAUUGCCAUCAUUUACUUCAGUUAUUUAAUAAGUUGAUUGGUUCUGGUGCAAUGGGUGACAAUUCUGUGUUUGGUAUGUAACUAGAAUAAAUUAUAUAUUUUCCUUUUUUAAUAAUGAAAAUGUAGGCCUACAAGGCCUAUGGAAAUUAAAAAAAAUAUUUAAAUACAUUUUAGUCUUAUAUUUCAUUAAAUAUUUUUGCUGCUUUACUUUAAAAGUUGAUUUAACUACUUGUCUUUCACAUAUAUAUGAUUCUAGGUAUCUAUUAAACCUUUUUGUAGUUUUCUGUUAUUAAUUUGGUUAGUGAUUUCUUUAAUUUCAUUGACAUUGUCUGAAAGUUGCAAAUCCUAUUUUAUCAGGCUUUUAAAAAAAUGUUGAAUAACUUGUAUGAUUGAAAAAAUCUCCUAAAAUGUGCCAUGUUUACUAUGAAACCUUGGAGCUAGUGAUAUUAUGUUACAAAUAUUUGCCAGUUGAGAGAAAACAUGUUUGAAUAUAUUGAAGAGUUCAAAAUGAGUAGUGUUACUGUUAAUAGGGUAAAAAUGAGACAAAGUUUUAACAUCAAUCUGUAGCUUUAUUUUUGUCAUUCAAAUUUGAAAAUGAUUAAAAUUUAAACUUAUC